ACCGCCGCCGCCGCCGCCGCCGCUAAACCCAAACAAACCCUCACUCGCUCACACCACACCUUUCUUUCUUAGCAGAGGAUAAACCCAGAGCCUCUCUCCACAUUCGAACCCAAACCCGAGCCGCCGCCCGCGGAAUCGAAUCUUUUUCCACCUUCUUUCCCUCCAUCCCGCCUUCUUCUUCUUCUUCUUCUUCUUCUUCCCUUCGCUUCCUUCCUUCCCCGCGCGAUCGGUCGAUCGAUCAAUCGCUUGAUCGAGUAGGCGAUCGGAGCACAAGUAGCCGAUCGGGGAGCGAUACAAGAUGUCGCCGGCGGAGAUGGGGUCCGACAAGAUGAAGAUGAAGAUGAAGAUGAUUGAGGUGGAGGUCCAGGCGGCGGCGGCGGAUCCUGAUGACUGCACGGCUUCCGGCGCCGGCGACCCCAAGUCCUGCGCCGACUGCAACACCACCAAGACGCCGCUCUGGCGCGGAGGACCCAACGGACCAAAGUCGCUGUGCAACGCGUGCGGGAUCCGCUACCGGAAGAGGCGGCGGGUGGCCAUGGGGCUCGACCCGGAGGCCAAGAGGAAGCCCAAGAGGGACGACGCCAUCAAUUCAGCCGCAGCCGCAGCCGAGGCCUCUACCCAGCAGCAGGAGGAGGUCACCAAGCCCACCGACGACGACAAGGCGGUCAGCACCAACAAGACUACAAAGACGCACACCGUUGAGCUCCACAUGGUGGGGUUCGGCAAGGACGCCGUGCUCAAGCAGCGGCGCCGGAUGCGCCGGAGGAAGCCGUCGUGCCUGGGAGAGGAGGAGCGCGCCGCCAUGCUCCUCAUGGCGCUCUCCUCGGGCGUAAUAUACGCCUGAUCCAUCCUUGAUUACUUGGAUGGAUGGAUGGAUUCUGAUCGAUCGAUCGUGUCAGUCAGUUUGGAUCGAUCCAUUCCAUCCAGGAUGAAUAUGAUGAAGAGGUUGUUGUUGGCAUCAUCAAAUCAAUAAUCAUCUAUGCCAUGCUAUAUGGUGAAGCUGAUGAUGAUGUAGUCCCUAGAUGAUUAGCAGCACCCUGCCUGCCUAGCUGUAGCUGUAGCUGUGUUGGUUGCUGCUUACCGUUCUUUCGUUCCUCCUAUAUAAGUAAGUAAGUACUCUAGUAGCUAGCUGUGGUAGUGAUGGUCGUCCUCAGUCAUGUUACUGUUAAUGUUUGUCCUAAGUAUGUACCGUCUGACUUUCUUAAUUCGCAAUGCAAUGCAGUGUGACAAGAACAAA